GGCGAAGGAGGGGCGUGCAUCUCUCUUCCGGCUUCUUAGUGUCUAUGCACUGUACAACCCAUCAGUGGGAUAUUGCCAAGGAAUGUCCUAUUUGGUAGGCAUGCUCUUGAUGGUGAUGAAGGAGGAAGAAGAUGUUUCUGGGCCAUGGUGGCGCUCUUUGAGAAACCCAAGUUCCUUGCCGGCUACUUCGAUAUGAAUCUCAAAAGAAUCCAGAGCCAUGCUUCUCUAUUUCAGAAACUGCUUGGUCAGCGCUUUCCAAGAGUGGCCAAACAUUUUGAUUCUCUUGGUGUUCAACCUCUGAUGUACGUCACGCCCUGGUUUAUGUGUCUCUAUACAUCCCUACCAUGCUGGGAUACAAUACUAGCGAUCUGGGAUCUUAUCCUCCUGGACGGGGUGACCACCAUAUUCCGAGUCGGCCUCUCUCUGAUUGACAUCCAUCAACAUGUCAUUCUUGCAAACACCGAUCUCACCAAGAUAUUACCUCCCCUGCUGCACCCAAAGCCUGAUAUGGUGUUGCAUGAAAUCCUCAUACCAGCUGUAUGGAAGAUGAACGUAGAGAAAUGGGAGAUAGAGACACUCCAAGCUAUAGUGGCCGAAGAGGAGGACCCUGUACACUCAGGGAAGAAGAGACGUCACCAGGCAGAGAAAACGUUUGGAGAGGUAUCGCAGAAUAGCAAGCGUAUCAGAUUAGAAGAAAAACCAAAACCAGCCGCGACCAGCAGCUUCUUCCAGCGAGUGAUCAACAUCUUCACCCCUCAAAACCAGAGAGACAAUGAGCUUCUGGGUCAAGGAAGUUCAGUUGCGACCUCCCGAGGUCAACAUCGCCAGGACGCAAGACACAGCCACCGGCUGACGCAGAAGGGACCAGGAGCCGCACGACCCGCAAGGCAUCGUACCAGCUCCAAGGGCAGAGAGCUGUCAGAGGGAGGGUCAGCUUCAGGGAAAGCGAUGAAGGGUGGUUCUGGGUGGAAUGCUGCAUCCAAGGAAGAUCUGGCAUCAUCCAGGAAGAGGAUGGAACAGGAUGAUGGGUGUGAAGCACAGGAGAGAUGUACCAGAUCUGGGUUUACUGCAUUGGGAAGCGGUCAAACAAGAAAGGAGAGUGCCAUGACGGAUACCUCAAACUCGGGUAGGAGACGUACACCUAGGAAGGUUCCAGUUGAAGAAGACAGAGUGGUCUUCAAAGGUCUCAGACAAGUACCGCUGACACCAAGAUCAGCUGGAAGAAGCAAGCUGUUUGGUCGCCUCCAUGCCCAGGUCUUUGGUAGCGAAGAGCCCCAAGGGCCACCACUCUCCCACCCUCUUCAGGAUCCGGCAUCACCUGAACGCCGGCGUAGGACCCCUACCAAAGCUAGACGUAGUCUUGCCAAGUCACCGAAGCAACAGCAGAGGACAUCUCCACGGGUGUCGACCAGAUCUCAAAGACCACCAUCACGCAGUAGCUGGUUGUCGCCCUACUGCAAGCAAUACAUGGUGAAUCCUGCUCACAAGGCCCGCCACCAGACUCCACUUCAGAAGCUACACCAUAUCAACAACGCAAAGGACCUCCACCUCAGCCCACCAAGAAGCGCAACUCCGGAACUUGAUUUUGACCACGUGGCCAGUCCCAUUCGAGGGACACUGGACAAAGAGAACAGUCCGGCCCAGACCGUGUCACUGGACGGUCAAGUAAGAUCAGCGCCCUCUAUGGAGAGCCUGGAGUCAACUCCAGAUGGUGUCCUGUCUGUUCUAGGUGAACAGAACUCACAGGCAUGGAGAGAAAUGAGAUCCCCUCUGUCCGAAAGGUACUCCACGCUGAAUGGGAAUAACAACUCGCUGUUCAAGACCCCUUCGCACCCCAUGCAUCUGAGGCCCAAGCAGUUCACACCUGGCAUGUACAGCGCAACCAAGACACCUAGAAGUGAAGAGCGCCACCUAGUGGGCUGGCAGAAUCCAAUGAACAUGCCGUCAGCGAGGAGGCUGGUCUGUCGCUCUGCGAAAGCUCAGCAUUCAUUCAAGAUGUUCCACACACCAACACCAGUUCGGCAAUCAAAGGUCCUGGAUCUGCACCAGAGUCCCAAUCUAUCAAGUCCAGAGGUGGAGCUGAUGACCAUGAGCUUCGGUUCUCCGUCUGCUACCCUCAACCUAGGUGGAAUGAAUUUAGAUGAUUGAGAUUUAAAGCCCCACUGCACUACUUAUAGCUACUUGCGCCCUCUAUAUAACAAACAAUGCCUAAUCGGUG